AUGGACACAACUCCAGACACGCCUCUCCAGGCCUUGUUUGUGAAAGUACUGGAGGAUGUCCAAAAUGCACUUCUAUGCGUUCAGAUGGCGCCUAUCAGUCAAUUUGCUCUGCUGAGCGGGCUCAAAUUCCAAUUAUUGUCGCUUCAACAAGACCUCGAGUUUGGGAGAUUUCUAGCCCGUAAAAUGAAGGAAAUUGCCGCGGAUACACAUUUUCGACAGGAAAUAUCGUCUGAUUUUAACCUUCUGGAACAAUAUCUGCCACGGAUACACGCACGGUUGAAUCCCUUUCAAAAAGAUUCAACAUUAGGAUCUGAAAUCGCACAAGUCUCGUCGGCUCCAUCUCCUCUACCUGAGGUAGUGGAUGCAAUUGCGAUGAAGAUAUCCGAGCUGCGCAUCCCACUCGAUCAGACCAACAAGCGGUUCUUCUCGUCCUAUCGCCCUAUCAACCCCACGGUCGAUCUUCAGUCAAAGGUCCCAGUCUCUGCUGAGAACUACGACGAAGAGUGGCGUAUGCUACGAGAGUUCUCUGCUCACCCCUUCGCCAUCGCACCUACGGACGAUGGGCCUCUCGAAGCCCUCUCCGACGUGGACCCGCUCCCCCGAUUGCGACGAUCAGCCAUCAAGCUUGGUCGCAGUUGGGUUGAAUUGUCGAUGGGAUCUUCAACGGAUCUAACGACAGUCCUACGAAAGCAAUCCACCCUGCUUCAGCAGUUAUGGACGGAGUGUAUGGAGAAACUACCAAUAGACGUAUUCAGAUACCUGGAUACUCAGGUCGAGGACAGAUCUUCGCAUUUAUUGCAGGAUCAGCUUAAUCAAGGCCUUCGCGAUGCAUUAUUCAGGGAAGAAGCUCAGACGCACACAGCAGUUUUUGUUAGCAUCCAGAAUGCGGGUAAAUCUACUCUGAUCAACGCUCUGAUUGAAUGUGACAUCCUUCCCGUCGGCGCUGGCCCCGUCACCGCACUUCCUUGCAGGAUAUGUCAUGUUCCGGGACAAAUAGAGCCAGAGCUUCGGCUUGAUGUCUCUUCACUGGAUCAAUGCGUGAGGGAACUUCGCCAGGCGACGCAGGGCCACAAAAGGUAUUUUCAUCCGAGUUUUCUGGCUCUCAAGAAGAAAACCUUGCAAAACUUCGACCGGUUAUCUCAGGAAGACUUUUUUUUCGACCCUGUCACGAGGGGUGUGGACCUUAUUCGGGAUACAUUAGAAUUGGUUAAUGACCUCAUUCGUCUAUCCCAGAUGUACCGAGUGCCGUUCAACAGCUUAUACAGUGGUGCCUGGGCAGUAAUUCGGAUGGAGAUAAAACCGUUUACGACGGCGGUGGGAAUAGGACAUUUCGAAAUGAUUGAUAUCCCGGGCGUCCUCUCCGGUCCCUCAAAAUUUCACUGGGAGGCUUUGGCCCAGGAGGCUCUCCGAAAAGCAAACGUCAUCAUCGCCUUGGUCUCUGGCGCUGAUUUGAACGAGCCUGAUUGGCACAAGCUGCCAACAUUGGUGUCAGCAGGGAGCAAUAUUCGUCCGACUGCCGUCGUUUUGACCAAGACCGACCAACUUCCCUUCUCCACACAGGACGAACGGAAGAGGAUGAUUGUGGAAGAAUUCUUUCCAGAGAGUACGAUGGAUGGAGUGAUGCCUAAAGGUACAUUCUACAUCGAAGGCUCGGCAUAUCUAGGACCGUUGCUUGCACCUCUCGCCGCUGAGCUGGAGACAUGUACUGAGCUACCCCCCUUCGAACUGCUCCUCGAACGACAUGGCAUGGCGAUGGGCGUUCUGUUCAAUGGUCGUAAAGAGCAGUACCUUCGGUUCACUAUCAGCCUACUGAGGGAGUAUGUUGACGAGUCCAUCUCCAAUGCAAAUUUCGGAGGGAUGCGGACGUCAAUUCUCAGGCACAUUACGCGGAGCUCUCGAUCGUUUCACCACAUCGAAGAGGCACGCGGCCUUCGCGAGCGCACCACGCAUGUCAUUAGGACUCUCGAACAGAGGAUUUUGAGAUUGGGACUUUCGAGUGCCAGCAGACCGGAUGACGAGAGGCAAAACCAGGAGCUGCAAAAAAGAGCAAUCGAGUUGCGCGCUCAGUGGAGAGCAGCCGCGCUGAAGGCCAAUGACGAUUUGUUGGAAGUUACAUCGUCAAGAUUACGUCCCUUAUUCGUAGCCCAUAUGGAGAAAGCACUGAAAGCUCCAUCACACUUCUCAGUACCCAGACACGAUACUCAAAGUUCCCUUACGUUUCCGAAUAUGCAUGAUAUCCGAAGCUUCCUCGAAGCCUUCAGCACAUCUUUGUUCGACGAUCUCCCAAGAAUCAAGGACGAGUUUGUGAACUCUAUAGGCCAAUCUCCUGGCGACCUUUUCAGGUCGUACUAUACUAUCCCUAUCAACAACGUCGUCGAAUUCGACCCAAAGGCUGAACUCGAAUUGAACCAUCUCUUCUCGGUCUUGACACUCCCGGAAUUUUCGACACCUCGCCGUCAGCCCUUGGAGUUAAAAGAUCUCGUAGAAAGGAGAGAAGCCGCCGUGACGUUCGAAUCCGUGAGGAAAGGGAUUCUGGCGAGGCUUGCACGGGGCUCCACCUCCAGAACAUCGACGAUGGAUACCGCAGAAAGCCUACCGACUCUUGGGCGAGCCUUACUGAAUGCGGUCGCCUUCAUUUCCUACCUCGUUCUACGCUGUCUACCGCGGUACAUAUCUUCGGAGACGUACUUUCAGCUCGACGUGGAUGGACUGCGAGGUAUGCUUAUGAAGACCGUAUUCGCACCAUGGGUAGAUGAUUUGUCUGCCACACUUCGGAGGAGUGUCGAGACGACGAAUGGCCUGGGGCAAGGCAUUGUAGAGUCCGCGAUUCAGGAGGGCCUCAAAGCAAACACCGAUUCGCUGAACAGGCAGCACCAAACUUUGUCGGUUCUCCUGGAUGAAAAUGCUACGCAGCGCAUCUUAUGUGGAUAUUGUAACUUGGUUGCAUCGCGGGAAGCGUUGGACGCCCUUGUAGAAUAUUUUGAACGGCUACCAGACGUGGACUGA